AUGGAAGCCAGCCAUGAAGGCUCAGAAGCUGAGCCCUUUGGUGGUGUCCACCAUGAUCAGGUACUCCAACGAUCGCACAGUUCAACAGGGACAGAAGUAUCAACAAGUGUCCAACAAAUUGGCGAGCCAGAGAAACCAGUGGACGAGAAUGAUGGAGAUCUGAGCGAGACCGAGUUCGAUUCGGAUCCUGCCAACCAACUAGAUCCCUUCGAUUGGGGAGACCUUGCUUCCCGAUAUCAUGCCACCAUCAAGGAGUGCGAGAGUAAUGAAGCAAAGCUAAUGGAAGAAUGGGAUGCCCUCAUGAAUGUAACAACACAUCCUUCACACAUUCUGGAACCUUGUGUUCGCCUCAACCUUCCGACGAGCUACCUCCUCACGAUUCCUCUCCCUGUUCUCGCUGCCGGUCGCCGUCGCAGCUUCCUCCUCCCACCGCACUACACCAACCGCGGGGCUUUCACCUACAUCGAGCCCGGCUUCAACCCUCGCAACAAGUUCGCGGAGGAUGCAUUCACGGGUAUCAUCGGCUCUGGGCCAGCAGGUCACACCGCAGCGAUAUAUGCUGCCAGGGCCGACCUCAAGCCUGUUCUCUAUGAGGGUUUCCUUGCCCUUGGCAUCGCAGCAGGUGGUCAAUUGACGACUACCGAUGAAGUCGAGAACUUUCCCGGCUUCACUCACAUCCAGGGACAGAAGUUGAUGGAACAAAUGCGCGAGCAAUCUGAGGCUUGCGGAACCGAAAUCAUCUCUCAAACAGUCGCAAAGGUCGACCUGAAAUCCCGACCAUUCAAGUACUGGUUGCACCCCAUGGGCGACGAUGAGGAAAUCGAGGAGGAGGAGCACACCGCAGACUCGUUGAUCAUUGCGACCGGCGCCAAAGCUCGACGACUCGAUCUUCCUGGAGAGGAGAAGUUCUGGGGCAACGGUGUCUCCGCUUGCGCUGUCUGUGAUGGUUCUCUCCCAAUGUUCAAGGAGCAGCCUCUAGUUGUCAUCGGUGGUGGUGAUUCCGCUGUAGAAGAGGCCCUCUACCUGACAAAGAAGGCCAAGAAGGUCACUGUCCUCGUCCGAAGGGAUAAGCUGCGAGCCAGCAGGACCAACGCCCGCCGCCUCGCGAACCACCCCAAGAUUGAGAUCAUGUACAACACCAGCCCUUCGGAGAUCAAGGGAGAGGAGAAGAAGAACGGCCUCAUGACACAUCUAGUCAUCAAGAACAAUGUCACAAAAGAGGAGCAGACUAUCGAGGCAAAGGGCUUGUUCUAUGCCGUGGGCCACGACCCCGCAACGUCCCUCUUCAAGGGUCAGCUUGACAUGGACGAGGACGGUUACCUCAUCACCGAGCCUGGCCGAGGCCUCACCAGCGUCGAGGGUGUUUUCGCUGCUGGCGAUGUCCAGGAUAAGCGAUAUAGACAGGCGAUUACCAGCGCAGGAUCUGGCUGUGUCGCAGCUCUCGAGGCCGAGAAAUUCCUCGCCGAGGAGGACGACCACGUCGAGAACGGAUUGGAAACCGAGAACCAGGCCGAGAAGUCACAGACCAAUGGCGUCGUUCCCGAGUACCGCUCCAACCCUCUCCUAUAA